AUGCUGGUGCACAGCUACCCGGGCAUGGACCGCGCCGAGGGGCUGCCCGGGGCGUCGGCCGGGGCCCGCCUGCCGCAGCUGCCCGCUCUCAACCAGGCGCCCUACGGCUCGGCUCCGCCGCUCUGCCACACGCCCGCCGCCGACUUCCAGCCGCCCUACUUCCCCCCGCCGUACCCGCAGCCGCCGCUGCCCUACCCGCAGGGCCAGGAGCCCGCUUACCCGCACCUGGCCGACCCGUACGCGGCGCUCAGCCCUCUGCACCAGCACCAGCAGCCCGCCUGGCCCCCGCAACGCUCCCGGCAGGACGACGCGGGGCUGCUCUCGCAGACGCACCGGGCCCUGGGGCUCGACCCCCGCCGCGAGUACCCCGCCGUGCCCCGCCUGCUCCACGGGCUGCCCGACGGCGGCCACGGCCUCCCCGACGGCCCGCUGGGCCUGCACGGCCUCGGGCACCACGGCCUCGAGGAGAUCCAGGCGGCGGACGACGGCGGGAUGAACCUGCUCGAUCAGUCCGUCAUCAAGAAAGAUUAUGUAGAUCUGAGCCGCACGAAUUCAGGCGCCAACGGCACCAUUCCCUCCCUGAUGAACAAGGACGGGCUGAUCGGAGGGGUGACGAACCCCAACGAGGUCUUCUGCUCGGUGCCCGGCCGCCUCUCGCUGCUCAGCUCCACCUCCAAGUACAAGGUGACGGUGGGGGAGGUGCAGAGGCGGCUCUCGCCCCCCGAGUGCCUCAACGCCUCCCUCCUCGGCGGGGUCCUGCGCAGGGCAAAAUCGAAAAACGGGGGUCGGUGUUUGAGGGAAAGGUUGGAGAAAAUCGGCCUCAAUCUUCCCGCAGGACGGCGCAAAGCUGCCAACGUCACCCUGCUGACAUCGCUGGUGGAAGGUGAAGCCGUCCACCUGGCCCGGGAUUUUGGCUACGUGUGCGAAACAGAGUUCCCAGCCAAGGCAGCAGCAGAGUACCUGUGUCGACAGCACUCCGACCCCACGGAGCUCCACACCAGGAAGAACAUGCUGCUGGCCACCAAGCAAAUUUGCAAAGAGUUCGCAGACCUGAUAGCGCAGGACCGCUCGCCGCUGGGGAACAGCCGCCCCUCGCUGAUCCUGGAGCCCGGCGUGCAGAGCUGUCUGACUCAUUUCAGCCUCAUCACCCACGGCUUUGGCGGCCCGGCCAUCUGCGCGGCGCUGACCGCCUUCCAGAACUACCUGGUGGAGUCCCUCAAGGGGCUGGAUAAAAUGUUCAUCAGCAGCACGGGGAACGGGCACGCGGCCGGAGACUCCAAAGCGUCAGAGAAGGAAGCGAAGCAUCGGAAGUGAAGUGCUGACCCCAUCCCCUGCCCGGGGAGCUCCCACCGCCGGAGGAAGGGCAGCGGUGCCGGGAGGAAGCGGCGCGGCGCUUUCUGAACUCGGGGUGAAACUCGUAACGCAAACAACGAAGAGGGAGAAACGACUGAAGGGAUUGAGGAGGAAGAAAACAACUCUGACGGACGCACUGAG